CUCACACUUUAAAGCAACGCCCACUACAUACCUACCACACACCUCCGAACAUCUCUAAAUACCUUCGAACACUGAGCGUGCACCCACACUCGUCAUGGGUAAAGCAGAAGUCGGAAGCUCGAAAUGGAUCGGCAACAAGAUGAAGUCCAAGGGACUGCAGCGCCUGCGCUGGUGGUGCGAAAUCUGCCAGAAGCAAUGCCGCGACGCCAACGGCUUCAAGUGCCACGUACAAUCCGAGUCGCACGUGCGCCAAAUGCAGGUCGUUGGCGAAGAUCCGCGCAAGUUCAUCAACCAGUUCAGCACCGACUUCCAGCGCGACUUUGUCUCGCUCCUACGCACUGCCCACAACGAGAAGUGGAUAUCGUCGAAUAAGUUCUACAACGAGUACAUCCGCGACAAAGAACACGUACACAUGAAUGCGACCAAGUGGCCGAGCCUGUCGGAGUUCAUCAAGCACCUGGGGCGCGAGGGCAUCUGCCAUGUCAAGGAGGACGAGAAGGACGGCCUGAUGAUUGCCUGGAGAGAUACCAGUCUUGCAGCCAUACAGCGCAAAGAGGAGAUUGCUGAGCAAGAGGCUGCUGAAGCGCGAAGUGGUGCUGGCGAAGACAGGAUGCUCAAGAAGAUGGCCAAGCGCGCAGCCGAGGAAGCCGAGGCAAAGAAGGCUAUUGAAAUGAAGCGAUCCGCUGCUGCUGCUGCGGCCAAGCAAGAACCCACACCGCCUGCUGAAGGUGAUUCACCAGUCGAAGAAAAAGUCGCUUCGCCUGUUGUAGAAGAAAAAAAGGAGGGCGAAGAGCCUGCUGCUGCUACGCCAGUGAAAUUGAGCUUCGGCUUGAAGGCUAAAGCCGUGCCACCAAAUAAGGCUGGGCUUGGUCAAAUGAAGAGUCAAAGCAUCUUCAAGCGGAAGAAGGAGGGUGGUGAAGAGAGGGUGGUGAAGAAGGUAAAGUUGUAAAGAGACAUCUUGAUUACUUAUUGUAUGUUUAGCGUGGCGUUAAGGAUGGCAUACCACUGGUAUUUUGGAAUUGAAUAUCUCCUGGGGCAAAACUAUGGAGUAAGAUCAGUCGAGCAACUACCUGCAGACCUUUGAGAUCGAUAUUUCAUACAUCUAGCGCGCUUUGACAUUGCGG